ACCACCCGGCUUAGUUUGAGGUCAACUCAGCACGGCUGAUGGAAGUACACUGUAGUUUCGCGGUUCAGAAGACAAACAGCGACAUGUGUGAGUCCACACAGAAGUCCUGCGAACCCCGAAGAAAGAGGACGGAUGAGUGCAGUGCCCCCUCGGAGAUGGCCCGGAUCAUCACCGACCCUGCCACGGGAAAGUGCUACUGCCGUGGGAAAGUUUUGGGAAAGGGAGGAUUUGCAAAAUGUUAUGAGAUGACAGACCUAUCAACCAGCAAAGUUUACGCGGCCAAAAUCAUCCCACAUGCUCGCGUCUCCAAACCGCACCAACGAGAGAAGAUUGACAGGGAAAUUGAGCUGCACAGAGUUCUGCACCAUAAACACAUAGUGCACUUUUAUCACCAUUUUGAGGACAAGGAAAACAUCUACAUCCUGUUAGAGUAUUGCAGUAGAAAAUCUUUAGCUCAUAUCCUUAAAGUUCGUAAGGUGCUGACAGAGCCAGAGGUGCGUUAUUACCUGAGGCAGAUCGUCUCUGGUCUGAAGUACCUGCACGGACAAGAAAUCCUUCACAGAGAUUUGAAACUUGGUAAUUUCUUUGUGAGCGAGUCGAUGGAGCUGAAGGUCGGAGACUUUGGUCUGGCUGCCAAGUUACAGCCAGCGGGAAACAGGAGGAAGACGAUCUGUGGAACUCCUAACUACUUGUCCCCUGAGGUGCUGAACAAACAGGGCCAUGGCUGUGAAUCAGACGUCUGGGCUUUAGGCUGUGUAAUGUAUACAAUGCUGUUGGGUAGACCACCAUUUGAAACCACAAACUUGAAGGAGACCUACAGGUGUAUCAGAGAGGCAAGGUACUCACUGCCCUCGUUGCUGUCACCACAGGCUAAACAGCUAAUAGCAAGUCUUUUGGCUAAAAUACCUGAGGACAGAGCCAAUCUGGAUCUCAUUCUAAGACACGACUUCUUUACACAGGGAUUCAGUCCAGAGCGUCUGCCACCUAGCUGUUGCCAUUCCCCACCAGAUUUCCACAUCUCCAGUCCAGCCAAGAGCUUCUUUAAGAAAGCGGCUGCUGCACUCUUUGGUGGGAAGAGAGACAAGGUCAAAUACUAUGAGACACUUAAUAAGUUAACCAAGGAAGAAGAGGAAAUCUACAAACUGCAGCAUGACCUGGAGAGAACUGCCAUCAGCCAACAACAGCACAGCAAAAAGAUUUCCAAGAAUGGAAGUCUACUUCCGCCAUCUGCAGAGAGCCCUGUCACCUUGGCAACAGAGAGCCAGUCCCCGGUGACGCAAGAUACUAUCCGUCUGAUCGUCAGGGGAAGUCUUGGAAGCUGUAGCAGCAGCAGUGAAUGUCUUGAAGACGGAUUGACAGGGAGCGUGGCUGAGACUGUAGCAAGAGUGCUGCGAAGAUGUUUGGAGAAUAUGCCUAAUGCACAAGAUGUCCCUCAGUGCUUAUCUAGCAGUAGUCUUCAGUGGGUGACAAAAUGGGUGGACUAUUCCAACAAGUAUGGUUUUGGCUACCAGUUGUCUGAUCACUCCGUGGGAGUUCUCUUCAACAAUGGCAGUCAUAUGAGCCUCCUACCUGACAGAAAGACCAUCCAUUAUUAUGCACAGUUGGGCCAAUGCUCUGUUUUCCCUACCUGUGAGGUUCCUGAAAACUUCGUGGGUCAAGUGACUGUGCUGAAAUACUUUUCCCAAUACAUGGAGGAAAACCUCAUGGAUGGCGGGGACCUCAGUAGUAUGACAGAUGCACACAUGCCCAGACUCUACCUGCUGCAGUGGCUGAAGUCUGACCGUGCCCUUAUGAUGCUCUUUAAUGAUGGCACAUUCCAGAUCAACUUCUACCAGGACCACACCAAGAUCAUCUUGACUUGCCAGAGUGAGGAGUACAUGCUGACAUACAUCAACGGGGACCGCGUCUCGAAAACCUUCCAGCUUAGCUCCCUGCUGACGUCUGGCUGCCCCACUGACUUGCGUGAACGCAUGGUGUACUCCCUCAACAUGCUUCUGCAGAGAUGCAGCUUAAAAGCAACAGCAGACAUAUUUUGGACAGACAUAUUAAGGCACUGUGUUAACUGCAAUGCUGCAGCGGGAGUUAAGGAUGAUUCAGAAAGGAAGAUUUCAAGAACAGAUGGACUUGUGCAAAGAGAAUAAAUAUUCCAGCACUGCUGAGCCUUUGUAUCUCAGUACAGUGCAGGAGGAAUAAGUGAUGAGAAUCUGAAAUGUAGCAAAAUGAUUGUGGAUUGUAAAGGGCUGAUUUCUAUGUUUAUAUAUUGCAAAAGGGAACAGGAUGUUGGUACGAAUGUGGGCCCCAGUUUGGGGGGAAGAGGGAAAUGUGGGAAGUAAAGACAGACUCUGGGCUGGAUCCAGCUUAAACCUUUACAGAGUUAAAGAAAUCCAUCCAAACCAAUGCCCUGAGGGGAAACCAGAGCUCAACUGUGGAAUAUUGUAAAUGAUGUGCAGUGUAUUUGACCAUUAAGUCAUUAGUGCAAAGACAUGGUCUUACAAUGUGUGUGGUUGUGUGUUUCUGUAUGUGUGUGUGAUGGCUCCAGAGCUAAGCCAGUAAAGUUUGUGUAUGUGUGAGUAGGAGGGGUGAAAUAUCACGCAAACUUUAAAAAUUGAGAUUUUCUUUUUUUUAUCUUACUGACAGAUGGUUGUCACACUGAGCUGGAACCAGAGUGGAGGAUAUGAGGGAGAGAUUGACAUUACAGAAGCUGUAUUAGAGAUCCUGUAAGGACUCCUAAGAGCCAUUAUUUCCUUGGUAGAAAAUGUCUCAAAUUAUUAUUAUUGUGUUAAAAAAGGUGCCGUAUUUAUUUAUUUAAUAAUUUAAAAAUGCUUUUUCAAAUA